UGCCUGCGCGACGUGGCCGACGACGCGGCGCGCAACUUCGAGGCCGACGUCAGCUACCACGAGCAUCAGAAGGCCGGGUUCAAGUGGGGCCCGUUCGAGGACAAGCUGCGCAGCGACCUCGGGAGGGCCAGCGAGCUUCUGGUGGCUGCUGGCGUGGCGACGGUCCAGGAGCUCUCGGAUACCACAACGCUCGCGAGGACGGUCAUGAGGUCGAACUCCAGACAGGCCUGCGGUUGCGCGCCCGUCGACGAAGAGUCCAGGGACAGCAGGGAGAGCGAGGGCAGCGAGGAGAGCAUGUUGCUGGAGGAGUGA